CAAGAACAGGGCAGCAAACCCAAAAGCAAAUAAAUCCUCCACCAUUCUCCCUCUUUUUCUCUCCACCUCCCAAAACCCUAAAGCAAAAAAAUGAGCUACCAUCUCAUCCUCUGCAAAACAUCAGCCCUACCAAAACCGAAACUACUAGUUUUGUUAGUGGUGCUGCUACACCUUUCAACUGCUACCACCACAAGCACCACCGCUCCCACCACCGCUCCCACUACCUCGGCAGUCCAUGCAACAACAUACCCCUCCUUCCAACACUUGAACGUGAAGGAAACUCUCGCGGCAACCCCUAAACGAAAUGAAAAUCAUGAAACAUCCGAAUACACUGAUCACAGUGAUGGUGAUCAGGGGAAGUGGAAGCUCAAUAUAGUUCAUAGAGACAAAAUAUUCACCCAUUUCCCAGAUCAUCAUCACGGUUUCGAAGCCCGCGUGCAAAGGGAUGUUAAAAGGGUUGCUACCCUGAUUCACCGCCUGUCAGGCAGCGGAGCAGCCAGUUCUGGCGGCGGUGGAGUUAGUUACGCGGUGGAGGAUUUCGGGUCAGAAGUGGUUUCAGGCAUGGACCAAGGCAGUGGAGAAUAUUUUGUGAGGAUUGGUGUUGGUAGUCCCCCAAGGAGCCAAUACAUGGUUAUUGACUCUGGUAGUGAUAUUGUAUGGGUACAGUGUCAGCCUUGCAAUCAAUGCUACCGCCAGUCCGACCCGGUGUUCGACCCCAAUGACUCUGCCUCGUUUUCUGGAGUGUCAUGCAGCUCCUCAAUCUGUGAACGCCUUGAGAAUUCAGGUUGUCAUGCGGGCAGGUGCAGAUACGAGGUAUCGUAUGGUGAUGGGUCGUAUACCAAGGGAACACUGGCCGUUGAGACUCUUACUUUUGGGCGGACCUUGGUCCAGAAUGUGGCUAUCGGGUGUGGUCAUAGGAACCGGGGAUUGUUUGUUGGAGCAGCCGGUCUACUGGGCCUUGGAUGGGGCUCCAUGUCACUUGUGGGUCAAUUGAGUGGGCAAACAGGUGGAUCCUUCACUUAUUGUCUCGUUAGUCGAGGCACCAACUCAUUUGGUUCACUAGAAUUCGGGCGUGGAGCGUUGCCUGUGGGUGCUGCAUGGAUACCGCUCCUUCGCAACCCACGGGCCCCCAGUUUCUAUUAUAUUGGGCUCUCGGGUCUUGGGGUCGGAGGCUUGCGGGUACCCAUACCGGAAGAUCUUUUCCAACUAACCGCAUUGGGAGAUGGAGGGGUGGUUAUGGACACCGGGACUGCUGUAUCAAGGUUUCCCACAGCAGCCUAUGUGGCUUUUCGUGAUGCUUUUAUCGUGGAAACUGCCAGCCUUCCUAGGAUUUCUGGAAUUUCUAUAUUCGAUACAUGCUAUGAUCUUAAUGGGUUUGUGUCGGUUAGGGUGCCUACCGUUUCAUUUUACUUCUCCGGCGGGGCAAUCCUAACUCUUCCGGCUAGAAACUUUCUGAUUCCCGUGGACGAAACAGGUACUUUCUGUUUUGCAUUUGCUCCAUCUCCAUCAGGGCUUUCCAUAAUAGGGAACAUCCAGCAAGAGGGAAUCCAGAUCUCUUUUGAUGGAGCAAAUGGGUAUGUGGGAUUUGGGCCCAACGUUUGCUAAGUAAUAAGGCAAAGCAAAUUUUGCUUGUCUAAGUAAAAGUAGUUUAUGUGGGCAUUAAUUAUGUGUAUUUUUUUUUAUCAUGUGGCUAUUCUUCUUGGCAAUGAUUACAAAAAGCAUGUCCUUUUACUUAUAGGGAGGGAUUAAAGUGUGG